AUGAAUAAAUUUCUUUUAACUUUCAAAGACAGUAAAAUAGAAAAGGACUACUAGGAAAAUAAAUUAAAUACUCUAUAAAAACCUAUUUUCUAUUGGCUUCUUGUAAUGUCAUUUACUUUAAAUCUAUUGAAAGUAAUUCUAGACUAUACCUAUUACACAGUCAAUAAUCAAAGUUGGAUGAAUGUAGGAUUUGUGAUAUUAGUAAUCCUUGAACUCUUUUUAGCCUGCUAUAAAAAAUAAUACAUUAAAUACGCAUUAAUCAUUUCAAACCUUUCAGCAGGAUUGCUAUAAAUUAAUUUCGAUGAAAGUAACACUUUCCCUUAAGAAUAUUAUUCAUAUGGUAGCUAUUAUGCUAUGCUUUCAGUGGUUGUUUAUUUUAUGACUGAUUUUCCUUAUAGCGUUUUCUAGGUCUUUAUCCAUUUGAGUAUGAAAAUCUUUUUUACAACAAUCAAGAGUCAUCGAAUAGAUAUGUUGGGAAUAAUUCUGGGACUGAUAACAAAUGUAUUCUUAGUGUUAACAUUGUAUAUUUGUGAUUGGAAUUCAAGAAGAUAAUUCCUUCUAAAUUUGAGAGAAGUAAGAUGGGAAGAAUCUUUACCAUUUAUAAUAAAAAAACCGUUUUAUUUGUUUACUUACAAGGACAAAAAUAUGUCCUUUUAAGUCAAUAGAGCUUACAAUCAAGAUUUCUUCCCUUAUUAUAAUUAGGAAGAUUGUUGUGGUUGCAAUUUUAGAUAGUUUUUAAGAAAAUGCAAAGUAGAAAAUAAUAAUUUAGAAAUUUAUUUAUUUGAUAAAAGAAAUGAAAAGUUAGAUUUCGAUUUGGUAUAUUAAAAUAAGACUCAUAAAUUUGAUAUAAGGGUUUGUGCAAUUGGAUUGGAUUAAAUUAAUUAUCUCAUUAUUUUGGAGAAACUCAAACUCUUAACAACAAGCUACAUUCCAAAAUAAACAAAUCUUCGCCAAAAGAUAUUUCAAAUUAAAAAGACCCAAAUCAAGUAUUAACACUAAAAACAUUUUUUAUUGGGUGUCUUUUCGAUGUUUCUCUACAAUAACAAAGAAAUCACUUCAAUAAACUUAGUUGACGUACUCCAAAAAUUUAGUAGUAGGUACUUCAUCAUCUCUAAAUCAAAAAUACAUAUUGUUUAUUCAGACAGAUCAAUUUAUUAGUUAAUAACAUAUAAACAUUAAUUAAUAAUUUAUUUAAUUUAACUAUUUGAUUGUUUAAUCAAUAAUUAGGCAGAUCCACAUUCGGGAAUUAAAUUGCUUUUAAAUUAGGGUUUGUAUGCAAUUCGAUUAAAAAUAUAUUUGACUAAUAGAUUAAAAUUCCAAGAACAAUACAAAGAUAAUUUUUUCAUCUAAGAAAUAGAAAGAAAUAUUUUAUCAGAAGAAAUAGAUGAGAGAUUAGAAAUAAGUUUCUUAAAAAAAGUUAGAAGUGCUGAAACUUCAAUUUGA